AUGCUGCUGCUGGUGGCAACAGUCGUUGUGUGUCCCCGGUGCAUUUCUCCUCCUUCUGCUGUUCUUUGUGUCUGUGUGCGUGAGUUGUUGUUGGGAGUGAGUGCGGCGGGGAUGAUGGUGCCACUCACUGUGGAUGGGUGGCGGUGCUCGCUGUUUCACCCCUUUCUUGGCAUCUUUUCUCUCCACUUUCUCAAUCACACACGAGGAAGCAAACAAACGCUAAACGCUACUGUGAAAUUCGAAGGCACUGAAAGGACCAACAACAGCACACACACACAUAUUUAUAUGCUCUCACGUGUUGCUGCAGUCAUGGCACCCCGCACACACAACCGUGGCUGCGUGACCGGAUCCCGCGGAAGGAGGAGGAAAGGAAAAGAGAGUGAGCCGCAGAGGCCCAACAUGUCCCGGUGUUUGUUUAAUUCCACUGUGCUUCUUUUCGCCGUUGUGAUGAUGUGCUGCGGCACUGGUGGAGCUGCGGCCGCUGAUGACAUGCCGUCAGAUUCAGGAUCUUCACCGGAGAAGUUGUUUCAUUGGAGAGAUAAGAAAGGAGAAGAAACAGUGAGUUCGCUCUAUGCUCCCAGUCUUGUUGAGGUGAAUGGUAAUUUGUUUGCCGUUGCCGAGGCGCAGUGCAAGAAGAAUGAAGGAUGCGAUUUUACUGGGGUUGCCUCGGAGCUUUUGGCUCUGACUGAUGAAAAGCCAAAAGGGUUGGAUAAAAGUAAAUUGAAGACACAAGUGCUGGUGAAACGUUCUUCCGGAGGAGAACAAUGCCCCUCCCAAACAGCAGUUCUGGCUGGCACUCAAAGAAUGAAGAAGGUACAUGUGAGCGGACCAACAACAGUGGUGCAGGGAAGUGAUAUUUACAUGCUUGCUGGAAACUACAGUUGGGCAUAUGAGGAUAAUGCAGAUUCUGUGUCUCAAAGUGGACUCUUGCUGGUAAAAGGUAACAUCAGUGGUGAAGAAAAUGGCAACAAAAGGAUCCUUUGGAAAGAUACUUACGAUCUCCCAUGGAUCUCUAACGGCAGACAGGAACAAUCCUGGACACGACUGAUUGGCGGUGGUGGAUCGGGUAUUAAGAUAAAAGGCAAUACUCUCUUGCUUCCAUUGGAAGGCACAAAAAAAGAGGAUGGGAAAGCCGUUUCGCUGAUUAUGUACUCCUCGGACACUGCGGGUUGGACGGUAUCGAGGGAGAUGUCUGCCGGCGGCUGUGGUGAUCCCUCCGUUGUGGAGCGGGAGAAGGACAAAAAACUCAUGAUGAUGACUGCGUGUGAUGACGGCCGCCGCAGGGUGUACGAGUUUACUCUAACGGAGUCGUGGACGGAGGCGCUCGGGACGCUCUCGCGCGUGUGGAGCAACAAAAAAGGCGCAAAGGGCGUUAGAAGCGGGUUUAUCACAGCGACGAUUGAGAACAGGGACGUGAUGCUCGUGACUCUGCCGGUGUAUGCCAAUACUGAGAGGGAAGAAAAUGGAAAGGGCGUACUCCAUCUUUGGCUGACGGACAAUACGCACAUUGUUGAUAUUGGGCCGGUAUCCGGGGAAGAUGACGCUGCCGCCAGCUCCCUGCUCUACAGAAGUGGUAAAAGUGAAACGAAUGGGAAGGAAGAGUUGAUUGCACUGUACGAGAAGAAGACGGCCGAAGGGGAGAAACCAUCAUCCGGUAUGGUCUCUGUGCGUCUGACUGCGCAGCUGAAGCGUGUAAAGGAGGUGCUGGCGACCUGGAAUAAGGUGGACGGCACUGUCUCCCAGCUGUGCACCACUUUACUUGCUCAGAAGGGUCUUUCAACUGACAAUGCCUGCGGCGCUGAUAAGAUCACGGCUGGGCUGGUUGGCUUUUUGUCCGGCAGCUUCUCUGGUGACACAUGGAGGGACGAGUACCUUGGGGUGAACGCCACAAUAAAGGGGAAUGAUGGUGGGGCAACAAAGACUUCAGAUGUUGUGACGUUCCAUGGAGCGUGGGCGGAGUGGCCCGUUGGCGCGCAGGGGGAGAAUCAGCUGUACCACUUUGCGAACUACAACUUCACUCUUGUGGCGACGGUGUCCAUCCACAAGGUGCCGGAGGGAGGUACUCCCAUUCCAUUGAUGGGUGUGAAGAAGAAGAAGAAUGGUGCAGGGAGUUCUGUAUUCCUGGGACUGUCGUACAACAACAAAAAUAAGUGGCAAUUGCGGUGCGGUGACGAAAAGACGACUGAGCACAGCAGCAGUUGGAAGCCAGAGACAACACACCACGUGGCUAUUGUGCUACGGAACGGCAACCAGAGCUCCGCGUACGUCGAUGGUCAGCGUGUGGGUGGGGAUGCGCCAUGUACAUUGGGAAGCACGGAUUUGAGGGAGAUCUCCCACUUCUACAUUGGAGGGGAUGGAGGCAGCACAGAGAACAAAGAAAGCCGUGGAGUCGUUCCUGUGACGGUGGCGAAUGUCCUGCUGUACAACCGCCCGUUGGAUGACAGUGAGAUUGCAGGGCUGGCCAAAAAUAAAAUUAAUAUUCCAAAGCCAGUGGCUGCGCGUACUUCUUCGCCUGCUGUGUCUCGCCCGAAGCCCUCUUCUGAAUCCUUGGCGAGAGGAACAACGGGUGCCGGUACCGCUCGUCACUUUGGGGCAAAUGGUGAUGGCAGCACUGUUUGCGGAAGCGGACUGCUGCUUCUGCUUCUUCUGUUGGGACUGUGGGGGUUUGCGGCUCUGUGA